CUCAUGCGUGAAUUUAACAUUUUAUGCAUUUUCGUUUGGAAAUUUUGCUUAGCGCACUGACUCAACUUUUAAGUAUUUUUAAAUGGAUUGGAAAGUAUUAUUAUUUUUUUUGGUUGUUGUGUAUGCCGUUGAGGUAAAGGAGGAGAACAGCCAUGGUUUGGACCAGGCCGACCUCCCUAUUUCUCAACUGUUUUCAGAUAAACGGUCCACAGUUGCUGAACCAGACAACAAAGAGAAAAUACUAAGGCGAGAUAGACGAGGAUUUCGAUCUUAUUUUUACAAUUAUCUAGAUGAAAUCGCUAUGUCUAUAUGUGCAUCAAUUCCUAGUGAAGGCCCAGGUCUUUUAUAUGCCGUAAGAAGAACUUGCGGAGAAAAAUCAACUUGUAAAGAUAUAUGUACAGAUCCAAAGCUUAGAAAGCAAGGUCCGAAAGAAGUUCAAAGUCUUAUAUGGGCCUGCUCGGAAUCUUUGCAUGUUUACAAAAGACAACCAUCUUUGGCAGAUAAUUAUGAAGACUAUACUGAUUCACAUAAGUUAGGCCUCGCUAUAUAUAGGCACUAUUCGUGUACGAUUGGAGGAUGUGGUCCAAACUACUGCUGUUGCAGAGCUGCUUAAGUUACCAAUAAAACAAAAUGCGAAAAGCUUGCAAAAGCUUGUUAUUUUUUUUAUUGGUUUAGAAUAGAUGACAACAACAUUUUUUCAUGAAAAUCUAUGGUUAUAGAACAAAAUAAGCUUAUUGAUAAAUGACAAAAAAAGUUGAGAAAAAGCGAACAUUGUUGCUGGAAGUGACUUAUUAGACUUGACUGAUAAAAAAAUGCAAGUAAUUAAUAAAAUUUGCUGCUGCAGGUGAUAAAAUUAAGAAAAAUACAAGCUUUUUGAAGGUAGCGUCAUUCAGAAAAAAUCGAAGAUAUUGUUAAACGUCAACGAAAAAAUGUGCAGAAAAUCACGAUGUUGUCAUAGGUGACGUAAUUUUUAAAACACUAGUAUUUUCUUAUUUUAUUCUACAAAUUGCGCAUGCCAUAUAAAUGCAUUACUAUGAUGAAUGCAAAUACUGUUUAUUAUAAAUAUGUACAUGGUAGUUAUUUGAAAAAAUUUUGUUAAUUUUUAUCUUUAUA